UUAUAUUUACCUGAUAUAAAACGUUAUCUAAACUCAACUAGAUUGUUUCUAAAUCUGCGUAACGUUAUUAUUUACUUCCUUGUCAUAACAUGAAGAUAAAUUAGUCACGUGUUCGGCGAUAAUAUUAUCUGAAUUUGCUCUAUACAUUGUUCAUUGUGUUCAUAUCAAUAGAUAUCCCCAGGAUGCCGUUCAAGCGAGUAUGGGACGCGUCGUGCCCACGCGAGUACGACCGCUGGGAGGACGGCGGGGUCACGUGGGUCAUCCAAGACCUGCCUCCAGAGGACGACGUCAAAGCAGUCAAGUUGUUCGUGGAGCAUUUUCUACCUGAUGAAGCAUUGUGCAUAGCUUCUGGUAUGACCAAUGAUGAGCUGAGUAUUCGUAGCAUGACAGAUUUCUGGCUGGCUUGUGUGGCACAACGCACAAGUCUGGCAUGCUACGCCAUUAAGGACGAUGUGAGAACUUUAGCGGCUGUGAAUUGUUGUAUAGUUAGUAGUGCUGAUGACCAUGAUGAGAUAUGUAAGAUUGAAGGUAAAGCCUGGACAAAUGUGUAUGAGGCACUACAUUACGCAGAAAGUAGAGUCAAUGUGUACGAGUUUUUGGGUUUGGACAAAGUGUUAUACGCCAUGGGUUUGAUAGUAAAGAGAGAGUAUAGAGGAGCCAGAUUGGGUUCAAGAGUUUUAAACGCGCGAGCACCUCUAGCCCUUGGAAUGGGAGUAAAGGCCACUUCAACAAUCUUCACUGGUCCGGCAUCACAGAAGUCAGCAGAAAGGGCUGGUUUCACAACAGUUGCUGAGGUGUCUUUCAAAGAAUUAGCCGCAGCAGGCCUGAACUAUCCUUUAGAGGACAAAAGUAUCAAGUUAAUGGUGAAGAAAUUCGUCAGUUAGCAUGAUUAGUGAAUACAUAAAGGUCACGCCUGUAUCCCUAAAGGGGUGUAUAGUAACUCUGUCGCAUUGACUUAACAUAAUAUAGUGAAACUUUGUUUCAAUUUGUCAAAUAAGUUAUUGUGACACGGUUGUAAAAUAUAUACAGAUACAUUAUGUUGUUUCCGACAUGACCGUAGGAAAAUAAAAUAAAUUAACUACUUAUUAGCAAAAUUAUAUGUAUUGUCAUCUUCUUAAUUAA